AUGAUGAAUGACAAAAUUCCAAAUUCUGGAAUUAAAGCGCAGCCACACAUUGACUCUCGUCUCAAGAUAUUGAAGAGACAAUAUACGGCAAAUUCUGAUAUGUUGGGACCUUCUACUAGUGGUUUUGGUUGGAGUGAGGAACUCAAAUGUGUGGUAGCUGAUAAAAUUGUGUUUGAUGAGUGGGUUAAGAGUCAUCCAACUGCAAAAAGAUUAUUAAACAAGUCAUUUCCGUAUUAUAAUGAACUGGCUAUAGUAUAUGGAAAAGAUCAUGCUACUGGAGAUGGUGCAAUGGGAUUCUCUGAAACACUUGAUGAAAUUACAGAAAAGAUAAAUAAUGGUUGGAAUGAUGACUAUGAUCCCUUUGAUACACUUGAUGAGAUGAAUGCUAAUGCAAGCAUGAAUAGCAAUAUACCAUCAAGCCAAACAGCUCGAAAGGCUAAGACAAAAUCAAAUAGUGGAGAUCCAUUGGUUGAACUAUUUUUUAAGUCAGUGCAAGAAUUUAGUACUAUGCAAGCUUCUGCAAGUGAUUCUAUUAGAAAACUUGUUGAUUGUUUUCAACAUGAAGUUGAUGGUACUGCUAGGAGAAUGAAUCUAUAUGAAGAGAUCAAAAAAGUUGAUGGGCUCACAAAUUCACAACGACUUAAAAUCGAAAAACUUCUAAUUUCAAAUCAACCCCACAUCGAUUACUUCUUUACUUUAGAAGAACAAUUUAAACUUGAUUUCCUCUUAGGGAUGUUAGAGUAA